GUAGCUGGAUAAUCAGUCCUUGCUACGUGGGGACGAUCCGAAUGGGAUUUGAUCCCCGGUUCUGUCGUGUUAAACUGGCCCCGUUUAACACAUCGCCCUAGUACUAAAUACUAAUUUAAGAAAAUUAUUUUAUGUUUGAUCUUGAUUUCAAUUAAAGAAUUUAUAUUUAAAUUGACAUGAAAGAAAAAAGAAAAAAUGAAGCAAUAGGGAUGAAAAACACAUUGACGUGGAUUAUCCAUUAGCGUUCUUCAAAUUCUGGUAAAUACUUCAACUUUGGAAGUGUUUAUUAGUAAGGGACAGACUUCAUCUUAUCUAAUGACCAGUAAAGUACUUAUGAAAAAAAAAAUCUUUUUCAUCGUUUCCCCAAAAAAAAGGUUGCAAAUUGAUUUCUUGCUGUAAUACACCACUUCGAACAUCUUCACUGCAUUGCAAAAGAUGAGCUCUUGAAAGAGCAAAGCCAUGCUAAUGAUUUGUCAAUCCGGGUAAUAAGCUCCAUCCCGCUUGCAAAGGUUUAGCAAAAAAAGGUUCAAUGAUGUUUUGCGCCUUUUUUCUUUGAAAGAAGAAAGUGAAUUCGUGUCCCCAGCGGUUUCUUUUUGAGGUAGCAUUCAUCCUCAAACACCCCUACAUGCCAUGAACAUCUUUCCUAUUAAGGAUUUCCUCAGCCCAGGCAUGAUGCUAUGUUAUAAAAUACACCUUAAUUGCAAUGUGCGCAAUGUCUCUAAUCGAACAGCCAAUAUUGGCGCCCAAAACGCAACAUGGUUGGUACACUCGUUGGUGCAUCUUGCCAAUGCGUGUCGCAUCUCAAGGCUUCACUUCUGCGGUGCUUCACAACAGGGGGGGCCACAGAAUUGCAAACUCCGUUCCAAGCUGUAAUGUAAAUUGUACGGAGAUUAUCCCUCCCUACGCAUUGAUGGGGGCUUGUCCGUGUCAGCAAACGCUGGAACGCUUGUUAGACUUUUGCAUUAGCAUUAUCCCGUACUGAGAGUCAUUGAUUGAGACAAGCUUCCAAAUCCGGUGGCCAGACGCCAAGAUGCGCUGGAAAGGAAGAUCAAGCAAGAUCAGUCGUUACUCUCUGUGCUGCUUGAUCCAACGAUCGUAACCGUCCCCAUGGUGAGGGUAGGCGCAAAAACCAUAAGAAACAACUCGCUUCAGCAAAUAUAUACACACAUACAGCUGGUGUGUAUGUGCGUUACGAUAGCAUGCGAUAAAUGCGUACCCAAAAAUGUAGAAAGAAAAAAAAAGCAACAAACCACACACGACUCAGUAUCGUGACACAUACACUCACUCAUGUGUGUGUGUGUGGUUGGAACAGUUGAAAGUGAAAUUGUUAACCUGUCGCACCGUGCCGAUCAGGAUUCUCUCCGGCGUGUGGCACACUAGUGAUCGUGAUUCCAUGCCGGAAGGUUCGUUCGAAGAAGCUCCAUCGUUGCGUUCGGAACGUGUGCCAAAAGGAAAAGCCAAAACCGAAAAAGUGCAUUCGCGACUGUGCAGUAAAAGUGCAGUUUCGUAAAAUAAAAAAAAAACAGUGAAGGAAGCAGAACUGACCACGAGCCUUUAACUGGCGCGAAGUGUAGUAGCCUCCAGAUUAACACGCACGUUUUGUAGUGCGGUAAAGUUCAACGUACCGGGAAUGAGACGGAACCGUUCCUUCCAGGGUUCGACGGCAGUGCUGGUGCUGUGGGCCGUUGUUGCCUGCAGCGAACUGAUGCUGCACCCGGUACGGGCCGAUGCACCGAAAAAACGAUGUCUCAGCAAACCAACCGUCUCGAAGAAGGUGGACAUGGUUAUCCACCAAUGUCAGGAGGAAAUUAAGUCAAACUUGAUCGAAGAUGCGCUAAAGAUUUUCACCGCCGAGCACGGUCAGCAGUGGCACGAUCGUCGAAAGCGGGAUGCCGAUGAAGGUGCGCUGGAUUUUUCUCACCCAACAAUUGUUUCCCACGAGGACAAAUGGAUUGCAGGGUGUUUGAUGCAGUGUGUGUACCGGAAAAAUAAUGCAAUCGAUAAAAACGGUUGGCCCACACUGGACGGUUUGGUCAGCCUGUACACGGAUGGCGUAAAUGAGCAUGGUUACUUUAUGGCCACACUGCGCGGCGUUGAUCGAUGUCUCAAGGGUACGUCGAAGAAGUAUCAGAUCAAACGGAAUGAUGCCGCUGAAAACUUCGAACAGUGUGAGGUCGCGUUUGAUGUGUUUGAUUGUAUUUCGGACAUGAUUACGGACUAUUGCAGUGGCCAGUCGGAGAAUGAUCACUAAUGGUUGUGAUGGUGAAAAACUCGUCUAAAAGGUUUCAAAUCAGUAGAUGUAGCAUUCCUUGUCAAUCGAUCGGUUUAAUAAGGUGUUAAGAUUAAAAUUAAAAAUAAGAUAGCGUUUAAUGAAAAUGGCGAAAGGAAAAGAAAUGUGAUUUUAUGUUGCUUUUAUUAAAAAUAUAUAAUAAAUCAAACAGGUGUGACAUAAAUUGAAGCUCCAACAGGAAAACAAAAUUAAUGAACAAAACGGUCUCCAGGGACCAGGAAGUGUGUAGCACAACUAACAUCUAAACAAAACACAAACUGUCCACUAGACUCAUCAGUUUGAUGAUUUUCCGGGGUUGUUAAACAGUGGCUGACAUGGUUUUAGCAAGAAAAUGGAAGCAGUUAAAGUAUUUAAAUGAAGAGUACAUGAGCACCACUGGAGCAGUGCGACGCAUUAAAAUGCUAAUUAGCUUUACCCUCAGUUAAUUCCACUCAAAAAGGUCAAGACAGUGAUGGAGCCAGGUGGACAGUUUUGGCGCAUAAGGAAACAUGGUUUACGAGAAGCUCAUGCAAAUGUCUACGAACGGGGAAGCAAUGGAAACAAUGGAAUAGAAUCAAUGGCCACAUUUGCCUGGUAUGAUAUUACUUUUUUAAUUAAU